AUGGUACAUUACACCCGAUUUGUUCAACGUGGUCGCGUAGUCUUUAUCUCUCACGGGGCUUUUGCCAGAAAAGUUGCCGUCAUUGUGGAUAUUAUUGAUCAGAAUCGUGUGCUCAUUGAUGGACCUUGUACAGGCGUGCCCCGACGUCCUGUCAACAUCAAGAGGCUUCAUUUAACCAAGUUUGUGAUGAAGCUCCCACCUAACUGUGGUACUCGCGGAGUUAAGGAUCUGUGGCGUAAGCAGAAGAUAGGGUCACUCUGGAGGAAAUCAAUGUGGGCUCGCAAGCUGGAAAAAAAGCGUAUUCGUGCAGGCCUCACUGACUUCCAACGUUUCCAGGUCAUGGUAGCAAGGAAGACACGAAAUAAUAUCAUAAGCAACUAUCGCAUGCGGAAAGUCACUCUUCAGAUGAUUAAGAACAUGCGACCGAAGAAGAAAACCGCGUAA